CUGCUCGGGAAAAAAUGGCUACUAAUAUUGUAAAGUGUGCUAGUUGCAAUGUCGUUAUAAAUGAGGCAUUGGCAUUUAUUUGCAAUAAACUGGACGUAAUGGAUGAGCAAAGUAUUGCUCGUAUUUGUGUUAGUGCUUUUUCGGAAAGUGAAAUUUUGACCGCUAAGAACUUGUUGUUUGAAUCUGUUUCGACAACAAAGCCCAAGAAGAUACGGAAAAGACAGGGAAAAUCAUUACGUGAUAUAGAUGAUAUUAUAUGUCUUUUAAAAGAAACUGAUCCCGAAGAAAUCCCUAUUUUUGUUGCAAAGGAUUUACAAAAACUACCCCCUGUUUUGUUUGACCAUGUCGAUGUGACAAAACUUCUCAAAGAUCUUUUGAAGAUGCGAAGCGAAAUAGAUCGUAUAGCUGAGGAAUACGCUACAGUGAACCAAGUUAAGGAUCUAGCUGUAGAAAUAGACGCACUAAAGAAUGCGUCAAUUGUAAACAACGUUUCUCGAAACGUUAAUAUAAGACGGGGUGCCUGUGCUUUGUCGAGUUUUGAGCAUGAAAGUGGGCCAAUGGGUUUAUCGCCUAUGUGCUACGCAAAUAAAUCUGUAGAAAAACAGCCUACGACAAAUCCCUUAAAAAGACAGACUAACAUCUUGUCGGAUGUGGGUAGCGCGGUAAAAACACCGCGCGUAAUAGGGACUGGAACGGCGUCGCCUACGAGUGAUCGCAGCUCAGCUGAUCGCGCGCUGUCUAAAGCGAUGGUGAGUCAUGCAACGUUGCCGACGUCUACAGUGAAUUGUGUUUAUAGUUCUGAGCGGCCAGCCCAUCAACAGUCAUGCGCUGAAACUAGAAAGAGUUUCUCUGUUGUUGUGCAAGAUGGAUUAGCUAAACCACAGUCUAAAUCACAAAAAUCUGAUGAGAAAUGGACUUUGGUACAGAGGAAGAAAAACCGAUUGAGAAACCGCUUUGUAGGUAAUACAGGGACAGCUAUUGUACCUUCAGAUAAUAAUUUCAAGGCUGCGAGUACUUUAGUCCCGAUCUAUGUUUACAAUGUUUCUAAAGAAACAUCGGAGAACGAUAUAAAAUCGUAUUUACUGAAGAAAACCAGCUUAGAAAUAAAAUUGGAAAAGAUCAAUAUGAAAUCAAACAGAAAUUAUAAUGGAUUCAUUGUUUUUGUACCAAAACAAAAGUAUGGCAUGUUUAUGACCGAGGACUUUUGGCCCGACGGGGUAUUAUAUCGCCGUUUUGUUGAUUACAAUCGCAACUCGGACAAACCUGCCUACCGGGAGAUAAAGGGACUAAUAUCAUCAGUAAAUGGAUAGUACCAUUAAACUUGUUACAUUUAACUGUAAGAGUGUCACUAGGUCGGUGGAUUGUGUGGGGCGGCUUUGUCGGACGGCGGACAUUGUGGCACUACAGGAGACCUGGCUUUUGCCUCACGACCUACAGUUUCUGGGCAGCAUUGAUGACGCAUUUUCUUUUACUGGCAAGUCUGCUGUCGAUACAACCGCUGGAGUACUUAGAGGGAGGCCAUACGGUGGAGUCGCUUUGCUGUGGAGGAAGACCAUGUUCCCAACGGUGUCUGUGAUCGCGUGUACUAGUGUGCGUCUCACUGCGAUAAAGGUAGUGCUUCAUGACCGGUCUAUGUUGGUGAUAUCAGUGUACAUGCCUACUGACUCAGUCGAUAAUCUCACGGAGUUUACAGAGUGUCUAAGUGAGUUAAACGCGAUUAUUGAAAGUUGUGAUGUGGAAUCUGUGUUCAUUCUGGGAGACUUUAACGCGCACCCAGGUGAGUUGUUCUCGAACGAAUUAAUAACAUUUUGUAAUGAACAAUCGUGGACGUGUCUAGACUUUGAGUGGCUACCCCGCGAUACUUAUACAUUUGUAAGUGAUGCGCACGGGUGUCGCCGGUGGCUCGACCACUGUGUAGUGACGGGUGCGGCGCGGCGCGCCGUCGUUGAUGUGUGCGUACUGUAUGACACAUAUUGGUCUGACCAUUAUCCGCUAAUGAUUGAAUGCGAUGUAAAAAUUGUUAAACCUAAAGUUUCAAUCAGUUCGAAUACAUUUAAUUGUGUCAAGUGGGGACUUAGGGACAGUAGUCAAAUUCAAGACUAUACUAAAUACUGUAAUUUAGGACUUAAGCAGAUUGACUUCCCAUCUGAGUUAUGUAGUUGCGCAGAUGUGACAUGUAGUGAUCAGAACCAUAAAAUGAUAAUAAAUAAGAUGUACAUUGACAUUAUAAAUAUUUUGACUGAAGCCGCUAAGAGAAGCUGCAUUGUACCUAAGCGCGGCAAUUUUAAAUAUGUGACGGGGUGGAACAGGCACGUUAGUGGCGCUCACCGGAGGGCCAGGCUUUGUUUUCAGCAGUGGGUAUCGUAUGGACGUCCUAGAUCUGGAUAUCAUUAUAAUAAUAUGUGUGAGACUAGGAAACUUUUUAAACAAAAAUUAAAGUACUGCCAAAAUAAUGAAUGUCAGAUAAAAAUGGAUAUCAUUGCAGAACAUCAUUCAAAUAAGAGCUUUGGUGAUUUUUGGAAAAAUACUCACAAGCUGAAUCCAAGGUCGGGCUCUCCGGCGACUAUCGGUGGUGCGCAUGAGCCGCGGGACAUAGCCUGUGCCUUUCAGAGGCAUUUUAGUGUAAUGUCGCCGCUCGGGCCCGCGUCACAGGUGCUCGAUGUUGGGAACCACCCUGGGUAUGUCAGUGUUAGAUUCACCGCCAAGGAUGUGGCCCAAAUUAUAAAAAAGAUGGUGAGAGGCAAGUCCCCAGGUCAUGAUGAUCUCAGCAUUGAGCAUUUGAAGUACGGGGGUGUACAUCUGCCAAGAGUCCUUGCGCUAUUAUUUAACUUGUGUCUUAGUCACGGUUAUUUACCCGAUGACUUAAUGCACACAGUCGUAGUGCCAAUUGUCAAAGACAAGACGGGGGACUCAUCGGACCUGUCUAAUUACAGACCGAUCUCGCUUGCGACUGUCAUAGCUAAGGUGCUGGACAGUUUGCUUGAUCAACAGUUGGGAGCGCACAUCCAUUUACAUGACGCUCAGUUUGGGUUCAGACCCGGCUUGUCAACUGAGAGUGCUAUCUUCUGUCUCAAGCAGACUGUUCAGUACUAUACGGACAGAAGCACACCGGUGUAUGCAUGCUUUUUAGACCUUUCUAAAGCUUUUGAUCUGGUGUGUUAUGACAAGCUAUGGCAGAAGCUACAAUGUGAAACAGAUGUGUCGCCUAGCAUUGUAUCGUUGCUCCAGUACUGGUACAGUAAUCAGCAGAAUGCAGUUAGAUGGUUGGGUGCGCGAUCGGAUGUAUAUAGUUUGGAGUGCGGAGUGAGGCAGGGGGGUUUAUCCUCGCCUCGCCUUUUUAACCUGUACGUAAAUCAGCUGGUCGGUGAACUCAGCAGUACUAAUAUUGGAUGUUCUAUAGAUGGAGUGUGUAUGAACAACAUCAGUUACGCGGAUGAUAUGGUAUUGCUGAGUCCAUCGAUAGCUGCUUUGCGUAAACUUCUGCGCAUUUGCGAGUCGUACGCGGAGGCCCAUGGGCUUACUUAUAAUGCUAAAAAGAGUGAAUUCAUGGUUUUCAAAGCUGGUACCAAAAAUUACUCAUCUGUACCACCUGUCACUCUAUGCGGCAUUCCUUUACAAAGGGUGCAGCAAUUUAAAUACUUGGGCCACUGGGUCUCUGAUGAUUUGAGUGACAAUCUGGACAUUGAGCGAGAGCGCAGGGCGCUGGCUGUCCGCUGUAAUAUGUUGACUCGCAGGUUUGCGCGAUGUACUGGACCAGUUAAAGUGACACUUUUUAAGGCAUAUUGCCAGUCCUUUUACACGUGCAGCCUGUGGGCUAGCUUUACGCAGCGGGCGUACAACGCGCUGCGUGUGCAGUACAACAACGCUUUUAGGAUACUGUUGGGGCUGCCUCGGUUUUGUAGUGCUUCCACUAUGUUUGCUGAGGCGCGGACGGAUGAUUUUUUCGCGAUUAUCAGGAAGCGAAGCGCUUCAUUAUUAAGUCGCCUACGAGGCAGCUCAAACAGUCUCCUGAGGGUAUUGUCCGAGCGGUGGGACCUGUCCCUGUUACAGAGGUGGAUGCAGCUUCAUGUUAGCGCUUCUCCUCUUUUUCUUUGACAUUGUAUAUUAAUUGUAUUAUUUUACUUGAUUGUAUUUAUGACAUUAUGAGUACUAUGGGUUUUUAAUUUCUAUUUUUGUUUUAUAUUUUAUUUUAUUUUAUUUGAUUAAUUUUGAUUUUAUUUAAUUGAUUGUAUUUAUUGAUUGUGAUUUUUGAUUUAUGUAAUUUAUGGACUAAGUCUGAAAUAAAUGAUUAAUAAUAAU